CUGAAGUUAAAUUGCUUUUUUUUUUCUCUUUCUUCUCUUGUGUGUGUACUUCAAUGGUCUCUACUACAUCAACAACAAAAUUUACACCUAGUCAAAAAUUACAACAGGCUGAUUUGUCAAAAGAAGCUAAACGGUUCGAAGAAGCCAUAGAAACUUACAGAGAUAUUUUGGCUCAACCAUCAAAUAAUGAAGAGAUCAUUAGAGAGCAAGAAUAUGCUCUUUCUCAAUUAGGACAAGUUUAUCGCGAUCUUCACCUUUCUCAAGAACUCGCACAGUUAAUUCGUUCCUCACGUCCUUUCAUGUUGACCAUUGCCAAAGCAAAGACAGCCAAACUUAUUCGUACAUUGGUGAAUUACUUUAGUGACAUUCCCAACUGUCUUCCGCUUCAAAUUGAAAUUUGCAAAGAAAACAUUGAUUGGUGCAUUCAAGAGAAACGACUCUUUCUAAAGCAAGCAUUAGAGACACGCUUGGUCGCACUCUACUUGGAAAACAAAAUGUACCAUGAGAGUUUGACAUUGAUUGCACAGCUCUUGAAGGAACUCAAACGCUUGGAUGACAAAAUGGUCCUUGUUGAGGUUCAGCUACUCGAGAGUCGUGUGUGUCAUGCGCUGAGAAAUUUGCCCAAGGCCCGUGCUGCCUUGACCUCAGCUCGUACUUCAGCCAAUUCCAUCUACUGUCCUCCACUCUUACAGGCUGCCUUGGACAUGCAGUCAGGUAUUCUGCAUGCUGAAGAUAAGGAUUACAAGACAGCCUACUCUUACUUUUUUGAAACGUUUGAAGGGUUCUCGAGUCAAGAUGAUCCCAAGGCUGUCUUGGCCUUGAAGUACAUGUUGUUAUGUAAGAUUAUGCUCAAUUUGACAGAGGAUGUUCAUUCCAUCAUUGGCGGUAAGGUGGCGUUACGAUAUGCUGGUACAGAGAUUGAGGCUAUGAAGGCAGUGGCUCAAGCUCACAAGAACAGAAACCUUCAAGAAUUCGAAACAGCUUUAGCAACCUACACAAAAGAAUUAAACGAUGAUCCUAUUAUUCGUAACCAACUUGCAGCAUUAUAUGACACCUUACUGGAACAAAAUUUAGUUCGUAUCAUUGAACCUUUCUCUCGUGUAGAAAUCAGUCAUAUUGCUGAAAUGGUCAAGUUGCCUACACCACAAGUAGAGGCAAAGCUGUCUCAAAUGAUUUUGGAUAAAAAGUUUCAUGGUAUCCUUGAUCAAGGGGCAGGUUGCUUGAUCGUGUUUGAUGAGCCUGAAGAAGACAAGACGUAUGAAAGUGCUGUGGAAACAUUGAAGCAGGUUGAUAAGGUUGUUUCUAGCUUAUAUCAAAAGGCAGCCAAACUUUCUUAAAAAUAAAAAGACCUAUUUUUUAUUGUGAAAAAUGAAAUGAAGGGAGUUACAUACACACAAGUUAAAACGAAUGAUAUAGA